CAUGAGUUCUUCAAAUGUGCCCACCUACCGCCAAGGUCAUGACCCUAGUGUGACUGCCAACCAUGCCACUCGUACAGCGGAGGUCGAGGGAGCCUUUGUCCUUCCGUACAUCAAACCCAAUUUCAAAAUUCUGGAUGUAGGAUGCGGUCCCGGAACGAUAACCACAGGAUUAGCCAAAUACGUGCCUCAAGGAUUGGUUACUGGCAUUGAUCUAACCGACGAAGUCCUCGACCAAGCAAAAGCCCAUCUGGCGCGGCAAACUUUCGAAACACCCAACGUCAGAUUUGAGAAAGGCAACGUACUUGAUGGCCUUAGCUACGAAGAUGGCGAAUUCGACAUUGUAUUUUGCAGCCAAGUUCUGAUUCACAUACCUGAUCCGGUAGCUGCGCUUCGUGAAAUGCGACGCGUCUGCAAAUCUGGUACAGGCCUUGUCUGUGCUCGCGAGGGCGACUGGCCAUUUCGAUAUGUCCCUUAUUCUCCCGGACUACAACUCUUCCACAGAUAUUUCUAUCAGAUGAUCAAUGGAAGGGCCCCUUCGUCUAUCUCGCAUCCAGAUCAAGCCCCCUUUGCCCCCGGACACAAAGGUGGUAGUUUGGUUCAUGUACACGCACGACAAGCAGGAUUUGAUCCGGCCAAGAUCGAGAAAGGUGGUAAAGUUACGAUCUACGGAACAGAAGCAGAGAGAAGAGAUUACGCCACCAUUAUGAUCAACCGAGUAGAGAAAGGAGGCCACGGUCAAAAAUUUAAAGAUCUCGGAGCCAGCGAGGAAGAUGUGUCAGAGAUCGUCCAGGCUUGGAAGGAAUGGGCCGACGAUGUCGAUGGCUGGCAUGCAGUCAUGCAAUGUGAGACUAUCUGUCGUAACUGA